AUGGCUUUCACGCUUGAAGAAGCGAUCGACAACGAAAUUUUUGCUUUGGACGCUAGUGGAAUAUCAGAUGAAGAAGAAGACUUGGACAGACGUUUGGUGAUGUCAGAUAGCGACCCAAGGCAAGUAUUUUCAUAUUUUUAGCGAACAGAUGUUUUCAUGUCAUGGCCGAAGGAUUAAAUUUACAAUCGACGCAACGUGAACUUUGACGCAUAUUUUCCAUAAGAAUUUUGUCUCUAGUCUAAGAUCUGAUACGAAAUAUAAUAAAUAUACAAAUAAUCGAUGUAAUAAGGCAUUUAUAUGAUAGUUCUGUCAUUUAUAUUGCGACAAAAAUCAAAGGUUUGAACCGAUAUCAAAAUGUGUGAGCGUCAUGUUGCACACGUGUCAUAAGUGGGCAUUUAAAAAAUUAAUUUAUGCAUUUUUGUUUAUAUGAAGUAAAAUAAUACCAUGUAUCAGUAUGUUUAUAGUAUUUUAUUUUUUUAUAGUGAUGAAGAACCUGCUGAUGAAGAAGAUGAUGAUUUUGAAGCAGAUGACGAGGAUCCAGAUUGGGAGGAGGAUGGUGAUUUAGGGGAGGGUAGUGGUGGUAGGGGCCGAUCCCCAAUUAGGAGACGGGCUGACUCCCCUAAUGGUACUUCUGGCAAUAGGGGAAGGGGCAAUAGGGGAAGGGGCAAUAGAGGAAGGGGCGGUAGGGCCAGGGGCGGUAGGGCCAGGGGCGGUAGGGCUAGGGGUGGUAGGGCCAAGGGUGGAAGGGCUAGGGAUACCAGGGCCAACAGUAGUAGUAAAUCUUAUGAUGAUGCGGACAUUAGGAAUACCCUCCCUCCCUUUCAACCAAGCCGUCCGCCAGGAAUUCAUUUUGAUAGGCAUGUCUUGCGGGGAGGAAUGA